AAAAACUUGUUAAAAUUACUUGGAAUAUUUCAGGUGGCUUUUGAGAUUCGCUAUUCCAAAUUGUCGUAGGGGUGUAAGAUCGAGAGAAACUAGUAAGUCUAUGUUGAUCAAAAGUGUGGACCACUACAGAAAAGGUUUUAGACAUUUGGCGAAGUUGAUGGUGGCAGAAGGACGCAUUCCGGAUAAAGACCUUAUUUAUUUUAUGACAUUGGAGGAAAUUAGAGAUUUGUUGAAUACGAGAUAUCCAAAAAUAAUAUCCAGAGCAAAUCAACGCAGAAAAAUAUUUCCUGUGGUUGAUCAAUAUAAGUUUCCCGAAAUCAUGCGUGGUUUUCCCAAACCAGUAAAUGAAGUAGAAGAAUCUUCAGAUACAACUGAAUAUAUUGCUGAUUUAACAAUGCAAGGCAUUCCUGUUAGCCAGGGUGUUGUUAAAGGAUAUGCUAGGGUAGCCGUAUCUCUGGAUCAAGCUGCUCAAUUAAAGCCAGGUGAAAUUUUGAUCGCUUACAGUACAGAUAUUGGAUGGAGUCCAUAUUUCCCAAUAAUAUCUGGUGUUGUCACAGAACUUGGAGGACUCAUCUCACAUGGUGCUGUUGUAAGCAGAGAAUAUGGACUUCCUUGCGUUGUUGGACUUCGAGGAGCCACAAAGCAGUUUAAAACAG